AUGGACAACACCAAUCCAGACUCGUCUGUUUCCCAUCCGGACGCACAUCAUUCGGAGCCAGUCACCAGCGUUGCUGCAAUCCCCGAUGCGUCAACCCCGCCGACCACCUCGUCUCCGCAUACCGCUCCGCAGAUACCUAAAACAGAAGAAACAUUAGUACAGGAAGACACCCAUAGACCUGCGAUGACGGCACAAGAAUUCGCCAUUCACAGGAGAAUCACGGAGAGGCUGUCUCGGAUGCUAGCACAGAUGGACAAGGACAGCGAAGAGAGAGCCAGGGACCGAGAAGAAAGAAACAAGGACAGAGAAGAAAGGAAACGUAAGUGGCAGGAAGAGAUGGACAAGGACAGCGAAGAGAGAAAAAGGGACCGAGAAGAAUGGGAGCGUAAGCAGCAGGAAGAGAGGGACAGGUACAGAGAAGAACAGAAGGAAAGGGAACGUAAGCGGCAGGAAGAGAGAGAAAGGUACAGAGAAGAACAGAAGGAAAGGGAACGUAAGCGGCAGGAAGAGAGAGACAAGGACAGAGAAGAAAGGAAAAGGUACAGAGAAGAACAACGAGAAUGGUUCAAGCAAAAAAUGAGAGAGAGUUCCCAAUUAGAGAACCCAACUACAACCACUACGGAAGAGGCUGAAGCUAGAUGUGCAAUAAUAGCAACAAAGAUUGCUGACAUGCUCGGUCUGGAAAAGUCAGAACAUACUGGAGCAACUAAAGAUGUGAUCGUGAAAUCGGACCAAGUCUCUAACAAACUCGGUACUACAACGGAAGAGACGUCCCAGAUCACGGCGCCAGCAAGCAAAUACGAUACAAGCAUGGGGGAUAAACCUACCCAGCAUGUCUAUGUUGAAGCCGACCCGUAUCUCGCCGAAAACCGAGAAGAGCCGGAGGACGCCAUCCAUCAAUCCGAGGGACAGCCCAGACCGUCGACGGCUAACAACAAUUCAAACCAACAACAUCAAAGGGAGAACAUAAUAAACACCGACCCGGAACAGGACCGCAAACCGGAGAACAUAGAAAAAAAGUCCAGUCCCGAGGAUAAUGUAGCCAUGGACGUAGACCAACCCAUGAAAAUUGAGGAGGUGCAGAAGCCCCUAGAUAUGGAUAUAGACCUUCCCAAAACUGAUGGUAUUAAGCCACAGGUUGCGUCCUUCAAGGAAGAUGUUGUAGUGAAGCCUCCUGAGGACGUCGUUUGUAAAAAUGAGGAUGUUGAUGGUGAGAUUAGGAGAGGUGUGAGGAAAGAGGAGGAGACUGCUAGAAGCAACUAUGAGGAAGAAGUGAGAAGAGAAGAGGAUAGGAGCAACUUCAGUGAAGAUGUUAGGAAAAUAGAGGAGAAUAACCUGACUAACAACGACCAAUCCUUCCAAACCUGUCUACCCCUCGAGAUCACCAGCACCAAAACGGAAGGGACAUCCCAGAUCAUGGCGCCAGCAAACAACUACAGUACAAGCAUGGAGGAUCAACCUACCCAGCAUGUCCAUGUUGGAGCCGAUCCAUAUCCCGCCGAACACAGAGAGGAGCCGGAGGACGCCAUCCACCAGUCUGAGGGACAGCCCGAACCGUCGAUGGCCGGCAUCACCAAUCCACCGAAGACACCUCCUGUAACAGAUAAAACCGGCAAACAUCAUAACCUGUCACAUUACCACAAAACAAAAGCAACAAACUUCAAAUACACACAGCUACUCUCAGAAAAUAAGUGCAAGCCUACAAAGUCAGCAAUACCAACAUCCAAACACCAACCAAGGAGAUUAAUGUUUGGAAAAAGGCAGAGACACACCAGGCCUAAACAGCGACCAGCCGCCGAGAAGGAGUUUAGGACGUGGGACCAGCCAUACGACUUCAGGAGGAAUAGGAGGAGGAAUCAGCAUCGGAAGGCUAGGAGGUGGAAGAAGAGAAGGAAGAAAUGCACGCGCCGACGGCCCCAUGCCCGUUUCAAACCGCACCGCCAGAAGGACGCACAGACAAUGGACAAGAACCACUGUGAAGAAGCCUACCAGAUGGACCACAAUGAUCGACCCCAGGAUGAGGGACAGAAAGCAACUGAUGGCAUGCAUAGGAGGCACAUUAGAUUUAAGCAAGCCGCUUAUCUAUGUGACCACCAAAAUCGGAAGGAUAACUGGAAUAGACCCGAAAAUAAAAGAAAGGAAAUCAUGGAUUAUUGUUACUGGAAGGAAAAUAAUAUGGACUAUCAGAUGGAAUUAUUGGAUAUAGAAAUGUGUUGUGUGAAAUCGAAAAGAUUAAUGAGUUGUAUGUGGGAAAUGAAGUAUGCGAGGUGUUCGCCGAAUGCCGCAUGCCUGGAGCCGGCUGAAACAACGAGCACGAAUGUUCACUGCUUGCCGAAUACCAAACAUCCAUCCACACUACUCGUGAUUCGGCCAGUAUGCGAGGUGUUCGCCGAAUGCCGCAUGCCUGGAGCCGGCUGA